AUGUCUGUGACGGGCGAUUACACUUCAAUUCUACCGCGAGCCGCCUUACUGGAACUUGUUAAAUCCAUAAUUAAAUGUGGAGUUGCCCAAGGCUACAUAAGAAGUGAUUAUAUUCUUCGUGGGUAUCGUGAUCUUGAUUCAACAGCCUGUCCGGGAAAUGCAUUCUAUGCAGAAAUAAAACAAUGGCCAAACUAUCAAACAAAUUCUACAAUAAGAUCUGUCGAUCGUCGUUCAUUCACAGUAGUAGAAGAUUUUCAAGAUGAUGCGCCACCAGCAAGCUUUUAA